CUCAUCCUCAUUCUGGAGGCUCAUUUCGUUUCUUGAGAAACCCUCACUUUAAACCGCACAUCUUGUGCCUCACCCUUUACCACCAUGGUCGAGCCCCUCGUUAUGCCUUUUGCGAGAUUCUGUGCGCUGUAGUAUCCGCAACGUUUGUUCUACUAGUCUCUCCUUCUGACAAGCCAAUUGAUUCAUUCUACUUCGACACUCUGCGCGCGAGAACCUCACACCACCCUCCUCAGGUUCAACAGCGUCACCCCUGUCCUACGGGGUACGCUAUGCGCUGAACGUUGCACUGGUGACGCGCCAGGUCUCUCUCUGACUCUAUCUCAAACCCAAGCAAAUGGCUGGUAGACCUUCAACUGCGAGGAGCGAGAUCUCUUCUGCUAUUUCCGAAGAUGGAUUCGGUUCGCGACCACAGUCGGGCGUCAAUCCUUUACCCUCAUUGCCAAAUCCUCCCUCUUCGCAACAUGGUUACGCUCAUUUAAGAGGCAUCACACAGCCCGCAAGUCGAUCAACAAGAAGCAAUCCUGCUGCGCCUUCGAGCACUGCGGGUUCCAGCAGACCACAAAGUCCUGUCAGUCAGGCUAGUCGCACCCAUGUUCCGUCGUUGACUGCACAAGGCUUCUUCAAGCCCAUGAGCUCUCAGAGACUUCAGGCGCAAAGAUUGAAGAGGCCUCUAGGUGCCAGAACCGUCCAGCCUCAGGCACCAAUUCCUGACGCGGAAGGCGACGACGAUACUCGGAGUUUGGCUUCCAGUAGACAAGGGCCAUUCCAUGCAAUGCCCAGAAGCCACAGGCCGGCGCCUUCAAUUGCCACAGAAUUCACGCAAUCAGACGUGCCUGAGACUGGUGACGCGCCAUUUCCUGACGAUGUUUCGCAGACCGAGGGCGAUCUUGGCUUAGUUGGCGGACCGACUGCGCAAAAACAACAACAUCGGCCCUCUCGGCUCAAUAUUGCGAGCACUCACAAAGUCGGCGAUCCACCUCAAAGAUCACCGCUUUCGUUUAGGUCGGGAUUGAGCCUCGCAAGUAAACACCGGCUGGAAACUGGUCAUCAACAACUUCCCUCUACCACAACCUCACCCCGAUAUCCUCCCGAAGCCAAUGCGGACGUCGCCAGAAGGAGCGCCCUAGGCAAGAAUUAUGAGUAUUUCGAGGGUAAUACCAUCUUCUGGUGGGGUGGCCGUCUCCAGAAUGCCCGGGAUCGACCCAUCAACGUGCUCACUGGCAUUGUGGUCGUGCUUCCAGCGAUCUUAUUCUUUAUCUUCUCAGCACCGUGGCUCUGGCAUCAUGUGUCGCCGGCGAUUCCUAUAAUAUUCGCGUAUAUCUUUUUCAUUUGUUUGUCUUCGUUUCUGCAUGCGUCACUCGUUGACCCUGGUAUUUUCCCACGAAACAUUCAUCCCUUCCCUCCCGGAGAGAACGAUGAUCCAUUGGCCCUUGGACCGCCAACUAAUGACUGGGUCAUGGUUCGCCUUGCAACUUCCACAACCGCAGCUAUGGAUGUGCCCGUGAAGUAUUGCAAAACUUGCAACAUAUGGCGACCUCCGCGAUGCUAUCAUUGUCGUGUUUGCGACAACUGUGUUGACACUCUGGACCAUCACUGUGUAUGGAUCAACAACUGUGUCGGUAGACGCAACUAUCGUUAUUUUUUCACUUUCGUCAGCACAGCGACCAUCGCGAGCCUUUUGCUGGCUGGUGCAACGUUGGGCCAAGUCAUUGCUUAUCACAACCAAAGACAUAUUACACUGGCGGAAGCAAUAAACAAGAAUCGAGUCCCAUUCGCAGUGUUCAUUUAUUCACUUCUCGGGUUUAUGUACCCACUCUCGUUGUGGGUGUAUCAUCUUCUGCUUACCGGCAAAGGCGAAACAACCCGAGAGUAUCUCGCCUCUCGAAGGUUUCCCCCGGCCGAAAGACAUAGACCUUUCACUCAAGGAAAUUUCAUCAAGAACUGGAUCGCUGUUCUGGCCAGACCGAAGCCCCCAACUUACCUCCGUUUCAAGAAGCAGUACGAAGAAGGGGACCAGCGCUUUGGGCCCAGAAAGGGACAGCGACAAACCAAGCUGGAUGGCGAGCCGCAGAAUGGCGGGAUGGAAAUGAAGCCAGUGCAAGGGGCACAAAGCGCAUUUGAAGGACCGACUGGGAGAAUCUCCAAGAAAGAAGCGAGAUGAAUCUGUACAAUAAUUCCACAUUCUAGAAGAUGUGUAUUAUAUCAAUGGCGGAAGAUGAUGUGACCAUAUUGAUCAGAGCUCCUCCGUCCUGUAUUUGAAGUUGAACAGCGUGAAACCUUUUCGUCAGCUCUUGAACCCUCUGUCCAGCAAAGCAUCAGUGUGACGCGAGUUGCCCGGGCAGUCGGUAGACGCUGAGAUGUUUGAAAAUGUUUCGAAGGGGGAAUGUUGUUGUGUUGGGUCGCUUCCUGGUCUGUUCCCAGCACCAUCCGGCGAUUGGUGGCCACCCUUAAUUU